CUGGAGACCAUUUUGAUGGAAUAUGAGAGCUACUACUACGUCAAGUUUCAAAAGUACCCCAAGAUUACCAAGAAAGUUGUCGACUCUACAGAUAAUAAAUCAAGAAGUGGAGGGAAAGCAAAAAGGGCCCCCAGCGGCACAUGCCGGAAUCUCCCCAAGAUUAGCCAACAUCAAGGGAGGCCUCAAUCGAAAGUGUCGCCCACAAGAGUCGCAGAGCUGAAAGCUGCCUGCAAGGAUGCCGUGAAGCAGGUGAAGGAGAACGAAGGUCCUUUAAGUCGCGUCGCGUCAGAAUUUGGUUUAAAUGUAUCUGCAAUCCACAGAGGAGGCGGAGAAGGCCCUCAUCCUAAAAGGGGCCAAAUUAUUGACUUCCGUGGGCUGAUUCAGGAUGCGAUCAAAGGGGCCUCCAGCGAAAUCUCCCUCCACAGCUUCAACUGCAAUCCGGAUCCUUCGGAACGCCUUUUAAAGCCUUUGGGCGCCUUGCUUGGGAUGACAGCUGAAAUGAGGGAGCUUGCGACGGUGGUCAGUAAGGAUAUCUACCUUCACAACCCCAACAUCAAAUGGGACGACAUCAUUGGGCUGGAGGCCGCCAAGCGCUUAGUCAAGGAAGCCGUUGUGUAUCCCAUAAGGUACCCGCAGUUGUUUACAGGCAUUCUUUCUCCUUGGAAGGGACUUCUACUCUAUGGGCCUCCAGGUACAGGGAAAACUUUGCUGGCUAAAGCUGUCGCUACUGAAUGCAACACAACCUUCUUCAACAUCUCCGCGUCCACCAUUGUCAGCAAAUGGAGAGGCGAUUCAGAAAAGCUUGUCAGAGUAUUAUUUGAGCUUGCCCGCUACCAUGCCCCUUCCACGAUCUUCCUGGAUGAGCUGGAGUCAGUCAUGAGUCAGCGUGGCACCGUUCCAGGGGGUGAACACGAAGGGAGCCGACGGAUGAAAACCGAAUUAUUGGUGCAGAUGGACGGCCUGGCCCGAUCCGAUGACCUUGUCUUUGUUUUAGCAGCUUCCAACUUACCCUGGGAACUGGAUUACGCCAUGCUGCGCCGGCUGGAGAAGAGGAUCUUGGUUGACCUCCCAAACCCAGAGGCACGGCAAGCCAUGAUCCAGCACUGGCUUCCCCCGGUGAGCAACAGUGGAGGAGUGGAGCUGAGGACAGCGCUGAAUUAUAAUCUGCUCAGCCAGGAGAUGGAAGGCUAUUCGGGGUCCGACGUUAAAUUGGUUUGCAAAGAGGCAGCCAUGCGCCCUGUGAGGAAAAUCUUCAGCGCUCUGGAAAGUCAUCAGCCAGACAGUGGAAACUUACCGGUGAUCCACUUGGACACAGUCACAACGGAAGACUUCCUGGAUGUCAUCUCUCACACCAAGCCCUCCGCCAAGAACCUCAGUCAAAGAUACGUUGACUGGCAAAGAGAAUUUGAGUCGGUCUGAGCCGGGUUUAAGAUCCGAAACGGUCACCCACGUUUUCCACCCAAGACAUUUCUAAGAGUUUAUUUUUUUUAACACGAGGAGAAGAAAUUUGUCUCUUUCCAAGCUGGGUCCUGAGUUUUGACGAUGGAGGAGAGGCUGCAAAUUGUUUUUUGGGUUAUACCCUUUCAGCUGCUAAGCCUUACAUUCCUACACGGGUUGGAAAAACACGUUAGCACUUUUGAACACUUUUUAAUUUUUUUACAAUGUAAAAAUGGCCGGUGGCUUUUAUUCUUGCCUGCCCUAGGAGCCCUCUGGGCUCUAUUUUGCUGACUUCAUAUUUGCCGCUAUAAUUUUCUUCCUGGCUGGGACAGGCGGUAGGAAAUGACCGAGAGGGCCACUAAUUGGGUCUCCCCAGGCACCCUUGUAUUAAGCGAGUCGAUUUUGAGAAAGGCCGGCAUCCGUGAAGAAUAAACCAAUUUGGGAAUCUCGGAGAUGUCUUUCAGAGGCUUCCUUCUAGGGACUUACACUUCCCUUAGUCAUCUGAGGACUGAAAAGAGGCACUUUGGAGAUUUUUCGGGAAGACACUUGGAAAAUGUAGCAGGUUUUGUGUAAUUGUUGUUGUCAGUUGCGAAGUCGUGUCCGACCCAUCGCGA